AUGGCGCGCGUUUACGCUGAUGUCAACGCGAACAUGCCCCGGAGCUACUGGGAGUAUGAUACGGUCAACAUCAGCUGGGGUGUGCUUGAGAACUACGAGGUGGUGCGCAAAAUCGGUCGCGGAAAGUAUUCAGAAGUCUUUGAAGGCAUCAACGUCGUCAACUACCAGAAAUGCGUCAUCAAGGUUUUGAAGCCGGUCAAGAAGAAGAAGAUCAAGCGAGAAAUCAAGAUUCUACAGAACCUCGCUGGUGGGCCUAACGUUGUGGCCCUGCUCGACGUUGUUAGAGACUCACAGAGCAAGACUCCAUCACUCAUUUUCGAGUACGUCAACAACACCGACUUCCGCACGCUCUACCCCAAGUUCAACGACAUAGAUGUGCGGUACUACAUCUUGGAACUGCUCAAGGCGCUUGACUUCUGCCACAGCAAGGGCAUCAUGCACCGCGACGUGAAACCUCACAACGUUAUGAUCGACCAUGAGAACCGCAAGCUGCGCCUGAUCGACUGGGGUCUGGCCGAGUUCUACCACCCGGGCACCGAGUACAACGUCCGUGUGGCGUCGCGCUAUUUCAAGGGCCCCGAGCUGUUGGUCGACUACCAGGAGUACGAUUACUCGCUCGAUAUGUGGAGCCUCGGGGCCAUGUUUGCUUCAAUGAUCUUCCGCAAGGAGCCCUUCUUCCACGGGAACAGCAACUCGGACCAGCUGGUCAAGAUCGCCAAGGUCCUCGGCACCGACGACUUGUUUGACUAUCUGGACAAGUACGAGAUUGAGUUGGACGCCCAGUACGAUGACAUCCUGGGUAGAUUCCAGAAGAAGCCCUGGCACAGCUUCGUGACGGCGGAGAACCAGAGGUUUGUGAGCAACGAAGCCAUCGACUUCCUGGACAAGCUCUUGAGAUAUGAUCACAUGGAACGUCUGACUGCAAAGGAGGCAAUGGCCCAUCCUUACUUCGAGCCUGUCCGUGGCGAGGGUGUAUUGGAGCGUCUCCUUGCGGCAGGAAGCAGCACUUCAGCUUGA